AGCACGGCAGCUCUCGCUAACAGAUGAAUCUGUCGUUCACUUAGAAGCGAUAAAAAUCAGACAAGACUCAUAGCUGAUGACAAAGUAACCUCCACUGAUCUGCAGUACUUUUCGGAAAAAUGUGAGGACACCAUUUGGAUGCGGCUGCUGUGUGUUUUUUAUGGCUAAAACCAAAGAAAACAAGAUUCCAGAGCUGUCCAACCCCUCAGUGUGUAUGAGGGACCCUCAGAGGGUUCAGGAGAUCCUGCAGUCGAUGGUGAAGGCUGGUUCCAACACCCUGCAGGUGAUCUCAGAUUUUGAUAUGACCCUAACGAGAUUUGCAUACAACGGAAAAAGAUGCCCGACCUGUCACAAUAUUCUUGACAACAGCAAACUCAUCUCCAGCGACUGCAAAGAACAGCUUAAGGAGCUUCUAAACACGUACUAUCCCAUCGAGAUCGACUCCACACGGUCAGUAGAGGAGAAGCUGCCUCUCAUGGUGGAGUGGUGGACUAAAGCUCAUGAACUCCUGGUCCAGCAGAAGAUUAAGAAGGACAUGUUGGAGGUGGCAGUUCGGGAGUCUGAGGCCAUGCUGAGGGAGGGCAACCAGCUCUUCUUCAACCACCUGUACGAACACAGCAUCCCUCUGCUCAUCUUCUCUGCUGGAAUCGGAGACAUCCUGGAGGAGGUGAUCCGUCAGGCCGGCGUCUUCCACUCUAACGUCAAAGUCUUCUCCAACUACAUGGACUUCGACGAGACCGGGCUGCUGAAGGCUUUCAAAGGAGAGCUGAUCCACAUCUACAAUAAAAGAGAAGGAGCGCUGCUGAACACCGGACACUUCCAGGAGCUGAGAACUCGACCCAACGUUCUGCUGAUGGGAGACUCUCUGGGAGAUCUGACCAUGGCUGAUGGAGUUCAGGAUAUGGAAAACAUCCUCAAGAUCGGGUACCUCAAUGACAAGGUGGAGGAGAGGAAGCAGUCAUACUUGGACUCUUAUGACAUUGUGUUGGUGGAGGAUGAAACCCUGGAAGUCCCGAAUGCUGUUCUGCUUUACCUCACUGGGAAUAAGUGAACUGUCUGCUGGCCGUCGGACACUGCAGGGCCGAGGAAAUCCUGCUCAGAAAGUGCAAACUGCAUUCUUAUUCACAACCAACUGAGAAUGUGUCAUGAUCUUUUAUUUUGUAAUUUACUAAAAGCUAAACACAUCGAGUCCAUGCGAGACUCUUCACAAGUCCAGCUCCCCAGCAUCACGUCACCCUUGUGUUUCUUUGUCCAAACUGCUUUUGGACCAUAAAACUGUAUGUUUUGGCAGCCAAACUUGCACCGUCAAGCACCUGUAAAAUGUUUUUUUUUUUCCCUGCCUGGGGGGAAGACUGGUUUUGUCAGACUGUUCUGGUUUACCUAUAGGAUGCAAUGAUAAAGGGAAAGAUGAACGCACAACACAAAUGGCAGCACUACACUGGUUUUGAAACCUGAUUUCCACCGAAUUUUAACCAGAAAACUGACAUUAAAAAACACAGGUCCACUGUUGUAUUUGUUAUUUAACACCGCAGUGCUACUAUUACACUUGAUUUUAGAAAAAAAACAGGUAAACAGAAAUCAAAAAAUAUUCAGAUGAGAGGUAACGAAGAGUAAGAACUGCUACCUCAGAGGUGUGAAAAGAUUACCAAGAUCCUGUUAUGAUUUAGUUUUGGCUGUACUUUAUGCACUGUAACAGAGGUUGGUUGUUAAAAACUUUAAAAUUUCACAACACUUAGGACUGGCACUGAUUAUCUGAUUAUCUUAUCUGUUAACUGAUCUUUUAGUCUGUCAUCUGCAAACAUUGUACCACAUACAGCCAAUCGUGACUUUUUACUUGUUCAGACUCAUUAUUUCUUCAUAUGUUCCCAUUUGUCUGAAAUAAAACAUUUUUUCAUCCA